AUGACAGUCUUAAAUGUUAAGAAAAAACCAUUAUAUGAGGCUGAUGAUCGAGGUUUCCAACUUGACUCAUGUUUGUUCAAAUUUGUCAAGAAAUUUUUUGUUGUUUUUCUUGUAAGCCUUUUUCUCAUGUUUAUGUGGUCUUCUUCCACUAUCAUUAUCUCUAGCUCGAUUGCACAUGUUUGUGUAACGUCUAGGAAACUUAGCAGUCAUUAUUGCCUCUCCGCUGGGGCUCAGUCUAUCAACUACGAUAUCCCUGUUUAUAACAACACCUCAACGAUUUCAUAUAUUGAAAGAGGUACAAAUGUUAGCAAGGCCGAAUUCUCUCAAUUUACGUAUCUUGAUCUUGUUGACAAGGAUAAGGCAAUGGAAAGAGCAAAUUCUAGGAAGGUUGUGGAAGCUCAGUUAGCAAUCCUACGAUCCUACAUUGUCAAGUCAAGACCGCCCUCAGAUAAUUGUGAGGGACGAGGGAUAUAUGUGUAUGAUCUGCCUCCGAAAUUUAACAAGGAUUUGGUAGCCAAGUGUAAUGAGAUAAUGCCGUGGUUGGAUUUUUGUAAAUACUUCGCGAAUGAUGCAAUGGGCGAACCUAUACUCGAGUUAGGGAACAGCUGGUAUAAUACUCACCAAUUUUCGUUAGAGCCAAUAUUUCAUAAACGUAUACUUAAACAUCCUUGUAGAGUUGACAAAGCAGAAGAGGCCAAACUUUUUUAUGUGCCAUUUUAUGGUGCAUUAGAUAUGUUAUGGUCUCAUUUUAGUCCGGUGAAAGUCCCAAGUAACGAGAGUCAAGGUGCACAAGCGCGAUUUUAUGCACUCUCUAAGGAUAUUGUUGAAUGGCUUAAGCAACAGAAGAUGUGGAAGAGACAUUUUGGGUUGGAUCAUGUGUUUGUCUUAGGGAAAAACUCUUGGGAUCUUCGAAGAUCAGAGUACCUACAUUGGGGGACACCCUUGUUGGAGCUCGACGAGCUCCAAAACCCAAUCAAGCUAAUAAUUGAACGACAUCCAUGGCAUAUGAAUGAUGUGGGUGUCCCUUACCCGACUUACCUCCACCCGAGAUCGGACAAAGAGAUAGUAGCAUGGCAAGAGAAGAUUAGGCAGGUACCGCGAAAAUACUUAGUUAGCUUUGCAGGGGCUCCUCGCAAGGAUCCAACGAGCAUAAGGUCGAGUCUCAUCGAACAAUGCACAUCUGCCCUUGGAGUGUGCAAAUUUCUCAAUUGUGGAGAAAAGUUAUGUGUUGAAUCUGCACCUGUUGUAAAACUCUUCAUGGAGUCAGAGUUUUGCCUUCAGCCUGAUGGGGAUAGUCCUACAAGAAAGUCGGUAUUUGAUUCGCUUAUUGCUGGCUGCAUUCCGGUUGUCUUUGAUCCUUUUACCGCGCAUUACCAAUAUCCAUGGCAUUUACCUGAAGAUCACAACAAGUAUUCGGUGUUUAUAGACCAAGAAGAAGUGAAAGCGUCGAAGGUGAAUGUGGUGGAGAAGCUUGUGAACAUACCUCUUAAACAAAGGCAAGAGAUGAGGAAAAAUAUUAUCAAUGAAUUGAUGCCUAGAUUAGUUUAUGCAAAUGCUAAUGCUAAGUUGGAGAAAUUUGAAGAUGCAUUCACUAUAGCUGUCAAUAAUGCACUUCAAAUGACAAUUAGUAGAUUGACCUGA